AUGGACCAGACCAAACCCGCUCGCCGAGCUUACCACAGCGCAGGCUGGCGGCCUCGGUCCAGACUGCGAGGGAGCUGCAGCGAUUCGACUGUCCGCGACGUUCACCACUCUCACUACGGCCGAAUAUGUCCUAUCGAGACGCCGGAAGGCCCGAACAUCGGCCUGCUCGGCUCGCUGGCCACGUACGCUCGCACCAACGAGUACGGCUUCAUUGAGACGCCCUACAGGAAGGUCCAUACCGAGAUCCUCAACACCGAUCCCCGCCUCAAUGGCCGCACGUUGACAGAGGAUGUCGUGGCCGACAACGGGACCACAAUCCUCAAGAGCGGGGGCACACCCACUAGGAGCAACGGCAGGCUUACCAAGAUCAGUACUCUCUCAGAGAGAAUGAUACAAGUGGGGCCGUUCGUCUCCGAUGAUCCCGGAGACAUCGUGUAUCUGACCGCAGACAAAGAGGAAACCGUCCGUAUAGCCCAGGCCAACGCUGCGCUAGACGAGCAAGGGCAGUUCACUGAGGACCGAGUAGAAACCCGCAUGGGUGAACACGUUGGCCUCAUGGAGCCCCCGGACAGCGUCGAAUACAUGGAUGUCGCUCCGAUACAGUUGGUCAGCGUGUCGACCGCCCUGAUCCCGUUCCUCGAACACGACGACGCCAACCGCGCCCUGAUGGGCUCGAACAUGCAGAGGCAGGCUGUACCACUGCUCAGACCCGAGCCUCCGCUGGUCGGUACAGGCAUGGAGGAGCGUGUAGCCAAAAGACAGCGGACAGAUAUGGGCGACGUGGUCAAAGUUGGGGACGUGCUGGCCGACAGCUCUUCCACCGGCCGUGGAGAGCUCGCCCUCGGUCAGAACAUACUGGUCGCCUUCAUGAGCUGGGAAGGCUACAACUUCGAGGAUGCGAUCAUUAUCAGCCGCAAACUGUUGGAAGAUGACAAGUUCACAUCGAUCCACAUCGAAAAGCACGAGGUGGAGAGCAGGGACACCAAGCUCGGCCCUGAGGAGAUCACCAGAGACAUUCCCAACGUCGGCGAAGAGAGCCUCCGCAAUCUCGAUGAAGAGGGCAUUAUCCGCGUGGGUGCCGAGAUCGGCCCUGGAGAUAUCCUCGUUGGCAAGAUUACGCCGAAGGGGGAGACCGAGCUCAGCGCAGAAGAGAAGCUAUUGCGCGCGAUCUUCGGCGAGAAGGCCCGCGACGUCAAGGAUACGUCACUGCGCGUACCGCACGGACAGCGCGGCAAAAUCAUUGAAGUUCGCGUACUUAGCCGAGACAACAAGGACGAGCUACCUCCGGGUGUCAACAAGCUGGUCAGGCUCUGGGUAGCCCAGACACGCAAGAUCACCGAGGGCGACAAGAUGGCCGGCAGACACGGCAACAAGGGAGUGGUGGCGCGCAUACUGCCCGAAGAGGACAUGCCAUACCUCCCUGACGGCACGCCUGUGGACAUCAUCCUGACUCCGCUCGGCGUUCCAUCUCGUAUGAACCUGGGCCAGGUGCUGGAGACGCACCUGGGUCGAGCCGCCAGCCUGCUCGGAUUCAGGGCCGUUACCCCUGUCUUCGACGGGGCGCCCGAUACGGCAAUCGAGGACUCGCUCGGACAGGCAUGGAUUGUCGAACAGUCUGGAGCCGUAGAUCCCAGGGUGCUCCAUCAGUCCGUCGAGCGCAACAUCGACCAUGACCGAGUACGAGAGUGGUUGGUCGAAAGAGGCUACGAAUACGACUCGCUGUUCGGCGAGGGCGCCGAGUUGGGCGCGGCGCGCAGAGCCAGCAUUGAGAUCUGGCUAAAGGAAGCUCGCGGCAUGGAUAGCUCCACCCUCACUGAACAGGAGCUGUUGGACGAGGUCGCGCGGCUCAACCGCGACGAACAGGUCGCAGCGCCGAUCAUCGGCAAGACCACACUCCACGAUGGUAGGACCGGAGAGCCGUUCGACCAGCCCAUCACUGUCGGGCAGAUAUACAUGAUGAAGCUGAUCCACUUGGUCGAAGACAAGAUACACGCCCGCUCGACCGGCCCAUACUCGCUUAUCACCCAGCAGCCGCUGGGCGGUAAGGCACAGUUCGGAGGCCAGCGAUUCGGCGAGAUGGAGGUCUGGGCGCUCGAGGCUUACUCGGCCGCGUACAACCUCCAGGAGAUGCUCACAGUCAAGUCCGACGACGUGGUCGGAAGGGUUAAGACCUACGAGGCUAUCGUCAAGGGAGAAGACGUAAUCCAGCCGGGUAUCCCUGAGUCCUUCCAUGUUCUGAUGAAGGAACUCCAGAGCCUCGGGUUGUCAGUCGAACUGCUGUACGAAGAGCCGGAGACCAUGGGACUCGGCGAUUUCGAUGACGGCUUCGGGGAUGACCUCGCGGACACCCUACCCACGUUCGGCUUGAUCGGAGGGCUGGGGAACGACGAGUCCGAUCCCGUGCCUGUAACCGUGGGUAUCGGCGGUAACGUAAUCGAGUCUGAAGCUCACUCGGAGGGUGUCGCAGUCGAGUCCACGGAACCAGUCGCUGAAGAGGCCGAAGCCCCCGGCAGACGACGACUGAACUCUAAAUUGAUAGCUUUUAACCGGACGAGUCCUGACUGGAAUUCGGCUGAAAUCCGAAAGUCGGCAACUCUGAAGUAG